CCUGUUUUCAUCCGACGGUCUACAUUUUCAUACAUCUUGUCUGCACGAGAUAGUUCUCAAGUCAAAAAUCACAACAGAAUAACUGUACCUACCUUGUUGCGCACGAUGUACACCUCCGCUGCAGGGCCAUUCGAGAUCGGAAAGCUCAGGGUCUCAGGGAUCCAUAGCCUUCACUAUGAGGUGUCAGGCAAUAAAGAAGGGGCUCCUGUCAUCUUCGUCCAUGGUGGUCCUGGAGGAGGUUGUGAUAGUCAAGAUCGGGGAUUCUUCAAUCCGGACAGAUACAAGGUCAUCUUUUUAGACCAAAGAGGCGCAGGCAAAUCUAUCCCGAGCGCCAAUUUGGAGGAGAACACAACGUGGGAUUUAGUGAAGGACAUGGAACGUCUCCGUGAACAUCUGAAGAUCGAGAAAUGGCAUGUAUUUGGAGGAUCUUGGGGGUCCACUCUCGCCUUAGCCUACUCUCAGUCGCAUCCUGGUCGUGUCAAGUCUCUCAUCCUCCGGGGCAUCUUUACUUUGAGGAAAAGUGAACUAAGAUUUUUCUAUCAGGAUGGAACAUCCCAUCUCUUCCCUGAAGCCUGGGACGAAUUCGUUGCGCCGAUCCCGGAAGCUGAGCGCGGAGACCUGGUUCUUGCGUAUCAUGCCCAGCUAAACUCAGUCGAUGACGAGACACGUCUCAAGGCAGCAAAGGCAUGGUCGAAGUGGGAGAUGGCUACUUCCAAGCUCUACGUCGAUCCUGCUCAUAUCGCCGAGGCGGAGAAGGAUGAUUGGGCCAAUGCCUUUGCUCGCAUUGAGAACCAUUAUUUCAUCAACGAUGGAUUCAUGCGUGAUGGUCAGCUGCUCGAGUCGCAGGAGAUCGACAAGAUCCGCCAUAUCCCCACGAUCGUCGUGCAAGGACGAUACGACGUUGUCUGUCCUGCAACCACGGCAUAUGCUUUGAAGAAGGUUUGGCCUGAGAUCACCUUGCACAUCGUCCCGGACGCUGGCCACUCCUCGCGUGAACCAGGAACCUCUAAACUUUUAGUGCAGGCGACCGAUCAAUUUGCUGAUCUGUAACAGAGUAUAUAUCCCGCGUUGUCAGAAGCAGUAGGAAAUUCAAUAUGAGGCGUUUUGUAAAUGCUUCAUUGCGCCU